GCGAGCGAGCGAGCGGGAGGAGGCGCGCUCGGGCCGGAUCAGCUUGUCUCCCGCUCGCCUCUCGUCCGCGAUGGCCACCGACGAGCUGGCCGACAAGCUGAGCCGCCGCUUGCAAGUCGAGGAGCACAAUGGCGAAGCCGAGCAGCAGCCGCAGCCGCCCGAGCACCACCCGGAGCCCGAGCCGGAGCCCGAGCCGCCGGCCUUGGACAGCGGCGCCGACGGCGAGCUGAGCGCCAAGUUGCAGCGACGCACCGAGCUCAACGACCCCGCGCAGCUCUCCCCCGGUGGCGGCGCCCAGCACCGCGUCUUCAGUCCCUACACCGAGUUCCGCGAGUUCUCCCGGAGGCAGAUCAAGGACAUGGAGCGGCUCUUUCGACAGUACGAUGCAGGAAAAGACGGUUUCAUUGACCUGAUGGAACUGAAGCUGAUGAUGGAGAAACUCGGGGCUCCCCAAACGCACCUGGGGCUGAAAAACAUGAUUAAGGAGGUGGACGAAGACUUUGACGGCAAACUCAGCUUUCGGGAGUUUCUUCUGAUCUUUCGCAAAGCUGCAGCAGGCGAGUUGGAGGAAGACAGCGGCCUGCACGCCUUAGCCCGCCUGUCAGAGAUCGACGUUUCGACGGAGGGUGUCAAGGGAGCCAAGAGCUUUUUCGAGGCCAAAGUGCAAGCCAUGAAUGUCACGAGCCGCUUCGAAGAGGAGAUCAAGGCGGAGCAGGAAGAGAAGCGGCGGCAAGCGGAGGAGAUGAAGCAGAGGAAAGCAGCCUUCAAAGAACUGCAGUCGGCCUUCAAGCAGUGACAGGGCCAGCCCGAGCGCUGCUGGGGGGGACAUUUGUCGGCGGUGAAAGCCGCCCUGGCAAAGUCCUCCAGCGAAACCGGGAACAAUGCAAGGUUGCCGGCGGUUGUGCGGUUCCCACCUUUUGAGUCGCGCCUUCAGCGGCCGCUUGAUCUGCAGGUGAUGAGGCUUACCUCCCUGCUGUGAAACAUUCCCAUUUUCUGCCGCUCAGGCAGCCGUUGAAGGCGCAAGAGCAGGCCCAGUUAGGGGUUUCCCGGUCAGUUGGAAGCCCUAGGUUGUGGUUUGUGUUUGGACCAAUGCUGAAAAGAAUUUGCAGUUGAAUCUGAAGUCAUUCAGGCCUUGGGCUGUGAAAACAACGCCUCUCUUGUUUCUUCUUGACCUGUAAAUACCACAGGCAAACAUCUCAGAGGCUUCCGCUCCCAUCCACUUCCCUGUGGGCCAGUUCCGUGUCUUUUUCCUGUGAAUGGCGUGUCUUGUCUGUCUGGUGGGAGUUUCUUAACUCUUUGUAACUGCGUGGCGUGCCCUGAGCUCAGGCUUUGCACUUUCGACUUGUGAACCAUUUCAUCUCCCAGCCGGUUUGGUGAUCGCUGUGAUUGUGGCUCAUGGUCGAAGACCGGGGUUUGUGGGGAAGGCCUGAACGUACCCUUGCUCCGACAGCUGUGCUUGUGCAAAAA